AUGAAAAAAUUAAGUUAAUAAGUGCUUAGAAAUGAAAGAAGGCUAAAACCACAUUUUUAGAUAGAGAUGUAUCUAAUUAUUUGAUCCGAAGCUUUCAAUAAUAAUAAAAAUUGGAUGAUCAAUGUAUAGAGAAGUUGUCAUCAGAGUUAAUUUUAUCAAAGUCUUAGAAAAUUUUAUCAAUUGAUUUAAUAAAGAAGUAUUUAGAUGCUAAUUUAAGGUGGCAUUUGGAUUUAUCUAAUCUAACGGAUAGAAGUGUAAAGGAUUUGAGUUUAAGUCUUUCUUAAUUAUCAAGAUUGGAUCAAUUAAAUUUAGGACUUUAUGGGUAAAUUCCAUUUUCUAAUUUGAUAGUUGGGGAUAUUGGAAUGAAAAUAUUACUGAUAGUUCUUUAAAUUAUUUGACUUAAGCAAUCUUAUUCUAAGAUAAAUUGAGUGAAUUUAAAUUGGAUUUGAAUAUGUGGGCUUAUGAGAAUUAAAGAAUCACCGACAAAGGUGUAGACAGAUUGUUACAUGGAAUAAGUUUACUCAAUAAUUUAGGCAGUUUAGAACUCAAUAUGAAAGGUUGGGGAGAUGGUAACUAUGAGAUAACAGAUAAUACAAUAAUAGGGUUAUCUGAAUGUCUAAAAAAACUCAAAAAUUUAUCAGAGAUCAAACUCAUUUUGUAAUUUCUAUUAUGAAAUAAUAUAGAUGGAAAAAUAUUGGAUUAUAAGCAACCAAAUAAUUAAAUAGAACAUUGUCCAAUUUGAAAAAUUUAACCAAAAUAGAAAUUUAAUUUGAGAGGUACUUUUAGACAAUAUCUAUUCAUUAGUUGUUCAUCAUAAUAAUAGGCUGCAUAAUAUGAAAAUGUAGAUUAGAGGCUUUUUUAAAUUAAAGUGAAUGCCAUUCAAAAACGAAAAUUACUAUUCUAAGUGGAAGGGAUAUUAGUCAAUCUUGAAUAGUUGAUACCAAAAUGCACUUUAUGGGACAUUAUUUUAAAAUUAUGA